UGCAUUUUUUUAUUCUCAGAAGGCCUUUGAGUACUGCGUCAGGAUACUGUGAUCUCAUUCCACUGUCAUUCCCCUUAUGCUAAUACAGUCCAAGAUGCAUAAGUUACACUGAUCCUGCAGAGCCUGUUCUUUGGGUUAAUUUGGAAUCACAUUGUUGUAGCUUCUUGUGACAUUUGGUGUGAACAGUUUCUUGUGGAAAAAUCAAAGUGAGCCUGAUGGGUUCCAGAUUCCCAUCCCAUCAGCUUAGUAAUGGCCUCUAUGUAUCAGGCCGGCCUGAGCAGCCGAAGGAGAGGCCUCCAACAAUGAGUUCCACAGCCAUGCCUUACACUGGUGGUGACAUCAAGAAGUCUGGGGAACUUGGGAAAAUGUUUGAUAUCCCUGUGGAAGGCUCCAAGUCAAGGAAGUCUGGACCUAUUACUGGUGCUCCUUCAAGGACUGGGUCAUUUGGGGGUGCAGCUUCGCAUUCCGGGCCAAUCAUGCCUAAUGCUGCUGGUCGAGUAAGUUAUUCUACGUCAGGUCCUGUAUCUUCUGCAGGAGUCUCAGGUUCGGCUACAAUGGUGACGGGGGGAUUAAAUAGGCAGAAGUCCAACUCUGGACCACUUAAUAAACAUGGGGAUCCAGUUAAGAAGUCUUCUGGUCCUCAAUCUGGUGGUGUGACCCCAGUUGGACGUCAAAACUCUGGCCCUCUUCCCCCAGUACUCCCCGCGACAGGUCUCAUUACAUCUGGUCCAAUUUCUUCAGGUCCACUUAAUUCAUCUGGGGCCCCUCGGAAAGUAUCUGGUCCUUUGGACUCUAUGGGUUCUGUCAAAUUACACAGUGCCUCGAUUGCCCACAACCAGGCUGUUACUAAUCUUAGCCAAGAAGAUGAUUAUUCCUUUAAGAGAAGCUUCCCAAAACCAAUAUUGUGGUCAGUUGUUUUGUUGUUUGUGAUGGGAUUCAUUGCCGGUGGCUUUAUCCUUGGGGCUGUCCACAACCCCAUUCUUCUCAUUGUUGUUGUGGUUCUUUUUGGUGCUGUUGCUGCACUUUUCACUUGGAAUAAUUGUUGGGGAAGACGAGCUAUCACAGGUUUCAUUUCUCGUUAUCCUGAUGCCGAGCUUAGAACUGCAAAAAAUGGGCAAUAUGUCAAAGUCUCUGGGGUAGUCACCUGUGGAAAUGUACCCCUAGAGUCCACCUUUCAGAAGGUAUCUAGAUGUGUCUACACAUCUACAAGUUUAUAUGAAUACCGGGGAUGGGAUUCAAAGGCUGCUAACCCUACGCAUCGCCGUUUUACGUGGGGCCUCCGAUCACUAGAGAGGCAUGUUGUGGACUUCUACAUCUCUGAUUUCCAGUCAGGAUUACGGGCUUUGGUUAAGACUGGAUAUGGUGCAAGGGUGACUCCAUAUGUUGAUGAGUCUGUCGUUGUUGACAUCAACCCCUCCAAUAGAGAUCUAUCGCCUGAAUUUAUCAGGUGGUUGGCUGAAAGGAACCUUUCAAGUGAUGAUCGGAUAAUGCGUUUGAAAGAAGGGUACAUCAAGGAAGGCAGCACUGUUAGCGUAAUGGGAGUCGUUCAGAGGAAUGACAAUGUGCUCAUGAUUGUUCCUCCUCCCGAACCUUUUUCUACAGGAUGUCAGUGGUUCAAGUGUAUCCUUCCUGCAAGUCUCGAGGGUGUUGUCCUGAGAUGUGAAGAUACGUCAAAGAUUGAUGUAAUUCCAGUAUAGUAUCUAGGAAGAGGGGGUUGGUUGCAAAUUUGUUUAGAUAAUAUGCUGCUUUUAGAAUUAUAUUGUUGGUGCUGCUGCUGCUGCUGAUGGUUACGUGAUGCUUAGGACAACGGUGGUGUUUUUCCUUUUAACUUGGUGUAUAGUUCUCUGCGAUUUCUUUUCUUUUAGGCUUGAAAGCUUUGUAAUGAAGAUGGCUUGAUUAUUAUAUGGAGGGCAACUUGAUUUGUUUGAA